GCUGCCCGUAGGGCAUAACUCCAAACAUCAUCUGAUCUCUUAGAAAUGAAGCAAAGUAUUGAAGCAACCAUCAUUCAUUCUCCAACCAACUUGUCUAUAGUACAUGACAAUUUCAACUCAAUAGUGUUGGGAUCAUCAAAUACCUUUCACCAAACUUGUUCACCAAGUGAUUCACAAGCUAUGUGUCAGUAGUCAGUACACAGCUCCUAAAUCAAAUCUUGGUAUGCACAUACAUAUGUAAACAGUAUGCGCAUGCAUAUGUAAAGUUCAUACUUCUCGGUAUGAGCGGUUUGUAGCUGAAUUGCCAAGUUCGAUGGGAGGUUUUCAGAUUUCCAAAUUGCAAACUUCAAUUUGAAGUACUUAGUAUUCCUUUGUUUGUGUGUGUGUGUGUGUGUGUACAUACAUACCUAUUGAAAGGUAUUUUUCAUUCAUUGAUUUCAUUCCCAUCUUUUGUGAGAUUAGAGUGGAAAGUUUGCAGUUUGCACUUUCACAACUCUGAAUCUUUCUUGGAAUGGAAGUUUUCAAGCCUGGGUUGAAAAUAUGUUCAACUAAGGAGCUUUCGAGAUUCGAUGGUGCAAGCACUAGUGAGCAAACAAUGAACAAGAAUAGGAUAAAAACUGAAAGAGCAUCGUAUCAGGGCAACUUAGAGAUUGAGUCAAGGACCAAGGGUGCUGAAACAGCUAUGAAAAGAUCACUGAUACUUGGUUGUUCAAGUAGCAAGGCGAAACUUUCUUGUAAGGGUAAAGCUGUACUGUGCUCCUCUAGUGAAAUUGAAGAACUAAACGAGAGAAUGAGGAUUCUUGAAGAAGAAACUGAAAGUAUGAAGCAAGAAUUAUUUGAGGGUGCAGAAGAAAGAAGGAAGUUGAUAAAUGAGAUAUAUCAGCAGUUUCAGAUUCUAACAAGAGAACUCAAGUUCAAUGAUGGAAGUAGAAGUGAGACUUCUUCACAGGACGAGAAAAUAGGAUCAGAUUUAUCGGAUGAUUUACAACAAGAUCUAGCUCAUACUUUGUCACUGCUGAUGUUGACACAAUGAAUAUCUUGUGUGGGUUGUAUUUGUAUUUGUAACGACCAUGUUCGAAUCUCUUUUAUACCUUCUUUUGCCUGAAUA